CUCCAUUCUCUACUCCCACCUUCUCACACAAUUUCACCAAAUUUUCUAUUUUCUCCCCUCACCCACUCUUCAAAGUUUCAAGAACUCAUCAACUCUGUAGCAGCCAUGCUGGUUUUGUCUCAGCCAGUUCUUGGAAACUAUUCUCAUACAAAAGCAUGCAAAUCCCCUACAGCUGGGAUCCCAGUAGUGGAUCUUUUAGACCCUGAAGCAAAGCACAAGAUUGUGAGUGCUUCUAAAGAGUUUGGCUUCUUCAAGCUGGUCAACCAUGGAGUCCCCUAUGAAGCCAUGGUGGCCAAAUUGGAAGCUGAAGCCCAGAAAUUCUUCAAUUUGCCUCAGCAUGAAAAGGACAGGGCUGGCCCUCCCAACCCCUUUGGCUAUGGCAACAAGAAUAUUGGCCCCAAUGGUGAUAUUGGUUGGGUUGAGUAUCUCCUCUUCACCACCAAUCCUGAACUCAUUUCCCACACUUCCAUUUCCUCUCCUGCCAGUUCUCAACCCCUCAGGGGUCUUGUGAAUGAGUAUGUUGGAGCUGUGAAAAAUGUGUCAUGUGAAGUACUGGAGAAGAUGGCUGAAGGAUUGAAGAUAAGGAAAAAGAAUGUGUUUAGUAGGUUGAUAAAGGAUGAUAAGAGUGAUUCUUGCUUCAGGGUAAACCAUUACCCACCAUAUUCAGACCUCCAAGAGCUGAGUGGGAAUGGUGUGAUUGGGUUUGGAGAGCACACUGACCCACAAGUGAUUUCUGUUGUGAGGUCAAACAACACAACUGGUCUCCAAAUCUGCCUCAAGGAUGGCUCUUGGGCCUCUGUCCCUCCUGAUCCCCACUCUUUGUUCAUCCUUGUUGGUGACUCAUUACAGGUACUCACUAAUGGGAGGUUUAGAAGUGUGAAGCACAGAGUGUUAACAAACAGUGCUAAGCCAAGGCUGUCCAUGAUUUACUUUGGUGGUCCACCAUUGAAAGAGAAGAUAGCAGCCUUAUCAUGCUUGAUGGAAGAGGGGGAAGAGAGCUUGUACCAUGAAUUCACUUGGACUGACUACAAGAAAUCUGCUUACAUGACCAAGUUGGCUGCAAAUAGGCUGUCCCUUUUUGAGAAGAACAACCCCCCUCCCCCUACUGCCCAGUGGAGUAACCCAUCUUCAAGCAAAUAUGUAUGACCAUAAAUUAGACCUUAUCUAAGUGGGGGUACCAUUUAAUUUCUAGGUUCCUCAAAGUUGACCUUAACAUAUAUUUCAUCCAUCUCUUUUAUCAUAUAUGUCUAUAUAUAUGAUGAAUGUGUCACCCUCUAAGCCUCUUUUCCCAUCUUGUUAGAUAUGAUAUAUCGUACAUGUUUAUCAUUUGAAGUUUGAACUA